GGAGGAGGAACGCGAAUACUGGGGUUAUAGUUGCUUACAACUAUUAUACUUUGCUCUAGUCACGCUUUCUGCUAUUCGUCGCCCGGGAUCCACAAUCUGGCUUAAACAGAACUUCAAGAUUACGUUUUGUAGCAGCUCUGAGCCACGGACCAUCACUGAGCCAUGCUGAUAAUACUUGCCUUCAUCAUCCUCUUUCAUGUACUCUCAGCCAUCCUGCUCUUCAUCGCAACAAUAAAUAAUGCCUGGUGGGUAUUAGGAAACACCUACACAGAUCUGUGGUACUCCUGCAAUGCCACUUUGUGCAAUCCCGUUGAGAAUAGCCACUCCAGUGCAGCAGGCUACCUCCAGGCUGUCCAGGCGACAAUGAUACUGGCCACCAUCCUAUGCUGUGUUGGCUUCUUUGUGUUCAUCCUCCAACUUUUCCGUCUGAAGAACGGAGAGAGAUUUGUCUUUACUGCUGUUAUUCAGCUGAUGUCUUGUUUUUGUGUCAUGAUAGCAGGCUCAAUUUAUGCUGCUCAGCACGAAAGCUUCCAAACGGAAGAUUUCAAAGACGGGACCUUCAGCUACGCCUUUAUCUUAGCCUGGGUUUCCUUCCCUGUCACUCUGUUCAGUGGCCUGAUGUAUCUAGUCCUAAGAAAACGCAAAUAGUUCACCUCAACCAAACACCUCGCUGGGAGUAAUAAACUGCAUUUAAGCAAAUCUUGUAUAUACUUUCAAUGUAUAAUGAAAUUAGUGUCAAAAACAAAAUAGAUACUACAAAAUUUGUAAAACAGUAGAAUACUGGAAAUAUAUUCAAUGGUAGGAAUGGUAUUAUGUAGAAUAUUAACCCCUAAAUAUAUCAUUUUACCCCCAUUCUGUGAAGACAUGUUAUGUUAUGAUGCAAAGACUUAGAAGCUGUGGAAUAGUAUGAAGAUGUGUAAACAAAAAUGUUAUGAUGGAAAAUGUGGAAACUAUUUGUUUAAAUCCACAGAUGUACUGUAACGUUAAAGGAACUGACAUUUUGUUGCUUAGUUGAUUGAACUGAAGUUGAACCUAUGCCAAUUUGUCAGAUUGUGUAGCAAGGGCAUGUUUUAUGAUUAUAUUCCCAGACAAAUAUAUGGCAAUAAUGAAUUCAUUCCAAAAAAGAAAUAUGCAUAAAUAUGAAAUAUGCAGCCACAUUUGCAGAUCACUAGCUCUUUCUUGAAAAUGAUGCUAAGUGCUGAAGUGUUUUGCAUAUUAUGUACAACAAUUAUAAAAAUUUGUUCCAUUCCAUAAAUCAUGUUAUGUGAAUAAUGUCAAAUUGUUCUUGACCAAGUUAAUGUAGCAGCAAUGGUGAAAAAGUUGUAUAUAUUUCAAUUUUUUUUUUUUUUUUUUUGUUUAACAUAGGUUGUGAAGAUACAUGAAGCAGGUUCAUUAUUGGUUUAAAAUAACUAUUUAGAUUAUGUUUGGCAUCCUUGUACCCCAAGCUAUUAAAAGACAAGUGAGUACAGAACUUGUGUAAGAGAGGGGGAAUGGCACUGUUACUAUGUGAAACCAUUUGCAGGAAUCAACCAUUACCUCUUUUCUUUAUUUGCUUACACAUUAAGUUCAAUUCAAUUUAAUACGUGUUUGUUUCUCAGUUCUCUUGGCAAUCAUGCAAUUAACAGAAAGACCCCUUUGCAAAUUUACAAUUUACAAUUUGAAGUUUGAAUAAUUUGGAGUCAUUUGGAGUCAUUCAUUUAUUCAAAUAUGUGUAGAUUUAAACAAGGAUACACAGUGGAUUUAAGGCCAAAAGCCCAUAAAUAUAUUUAUUUUAUAGACUGAAGCAAUAUUUUGCUGCUGAUAUUUUUGUAAUGAAGUAUUAUUUCAAUAAGCUUGAACCUUUUAAGCAUUGCUACAUGCCUACAAGUCUGUUAUUUGUUAACUUUGAACAGUGUUCAUUAAUGAAAAAAUAUUUUCAAUGAUUACAUCUCAAAAUUGGUCUAGAUGUGUACCAUUGCAUGGUUAUAACUGUGACAGGGACAGAAACUAAAGUUUUUGCAUUUUUGUGAAUCAAAUUAAAGUGAUUUUUAUGACAAA